AUGCUCAUCGGCAAGACCCGCUGCACCAGGCUCCCACAUCACUGGCAGAAGACUGUGAGCACCAUGCACAUGUCCAAGAAAGUCGCUGUCGGAACUGACAGCGAGGUUGCAGACGGCAUGAUAAAUGCAUUCGCCAAGAAGGACGAUGCCGAGAACUUUGUGUCCCUUUCAAAACGAGAUGAUGCAAACAAACAGGAGUUCGUGAUGCCUUCCAGAGAAUACAGCAUCCAGCUGGACAAUCACCUGAAUGUGCAGUACAGCGGUCGCUUCACAGUCGGCGAGCAGGAGCUUCCAGUUAUCUACGACACGGGGUCCUUUGAGGUGCUGGUCUUGUCAACGAAGUGCAACACAUGCGUGAAGACCCUUUCGAUGUAUGACUACAAGAAGUCGAGCUCUUUUAGGGAUAGCCCCAAGCAUGUCGUUGCCGAGCAUGAGUUCGUGAGUGGAGAUGUGGUUACAGCAGAGGGCUUCGAAACCCUACGUUUAGGCAGACGAGACUCUCCCGUGGCUGCCUCCGAUAUGACGUUCUGGAUGGUGCAAAGCCACGAGUUGAAGUUCUGGAAGACCGGGCAUGCAAUUUUUUCCGGAAUUGUUGGUCUAUCUCAUGUGAAGAGAAUCCCUGAUGGCUUCAGCGGCGAUUCCAGCGAAGACAGGUCUCUCCUUGAGGAGAUGCGCCUGGACUCCUUCGCGCUGUGCUACCAGCGAGGUGGCACAGCGAGCCCGGGCUGGUUGAAGUUGGGGCCAUCCAUCAGCGCGAUGGCUCACGAUGCAGGCUUUCAGUCCGUGGAUGUUUCUGGAGACAGCCACUGGGCAACGAAGCUUUCACAGUUCAAGGUGGACCUGGAUGGCAUUGACACGACGAGCCUCUGCAAACCUUCCUGUGGGGCUCUUAUCGAUUCUGGCACGUCGCUCUUGACUUUCCCACGCUCUGCAAGCCACAUUACGGAUGCCUUGAAGCAGAAGGUGAAAAAAGAUUGCAGCAACUUGGAUCAGCUGCCGACCUUGUAUUUCGAGCUGGACGGAGCAGAGGUGGUUCUCCCACCCCGGGCAUACAUUUUCAAGGUUCUAGAUAACAAUGGCAACCCAUAUUGCAGAGGGGCGUUCAUGAAGGUGGAUAAGGAGUCACAAUUUGGGGAGGUCUUCAUUUUGGGCAUGCCGUUCUUGCGCUAUUAUUUCACGGUUUUCGACCGGCAGAACAAACAAGUGCACAUCGCGAGAUCGACCGAAGACUGUCAGGUUGCGCAUCACAUGUCCUUGUUAGCAACAAAUGCGAGCGCUUCGGGCCGUUCCGGCCGACAUGGCUUCGGGUCUGCCGAUUUCCAGGAGGCGACUCCUGCAGACCUGGAUGACGUGAUUUCGCCAGCCUGGGUCAGCGCUGAAGGGCAGUACAUCCACCUCUGA